GGCAUUUGUGGUUCGGCUGCUCUCAGAGCACCAUGAACCUCUCCAGUACUCCGAUUCCUCUGUGCGUUGACUUCAGCAGUCCGGGGGACUAUUUUCUCUUUAUUUUCCACCUCUGUGCCGGGGUGAGCACCGUGCUGGUCGCAGGCUCCGUGGCUUUAGGCAUCAUCAGGACCCGUGCGCUCGUCAGACAAAACCGGUUCCUGUUUAUGUUGAAUACAAGCAUUUGCGACACGAUGAGCGGCUGCGGCAUUUUCUAUCAAUUCCUGUUCGAUGUGCGGGUUGGAUUCCCGUCUAAAAACGGCACGUAUUACAUCCUUCCCAGUCUCCUCGGGGUUAACAUCAUGACCUUUCUAUUUGCACAGUUUGACCGGUAUUUUGCGGUGUGCCACCCCUUCUUCUACGGCCGCUUCAUCAACACCAGGGUGGUAAUCUGCGUGAAUGUGUACAGCUGGGUGCACGUGUUCGGCCAGCUGCUUAUACAGCACAUGGUGCCGCUGUCUAAAGCCAUAGAGAUCGCCAUAUACAGCAGGAUCAGUCUGCUGCUGAUUAUCAUCACCAAAAUCACCAUGACGGUGAAGCUGCUGAUCGUGGCCAAACACCAGCUGCUCCGGGAGCCUCCGGGCCCGGACCGAGACAGCAAGAAGGAGUCGCUGCUGAUCAUCGUGUUGGUGGUGGUGUUCUUUCUGCUGCUCUGGGGUCCGUCCAUGCUCUACACCAUCCUGUCCUCGUUGACGGGGAAAUAUCUCGACAUUAAAAACGAUGCGGUGAACCCGAUGAAGAUCUUGUCGAGGAGCAACGCGCUGUGCACUCCGUCCCUGUACCUGUGCGCAAGCCCUGCGCUCCGAGCGGCCGUGUGGAAGAGUGUGUGGAGCAAAAUCUGCUGCUGUAAGAGACCCGCGAGAAUUGGCUCUAAGUUUGAUGGAGUGAAAAACAGCAAUAAAGCAGAGAGCAUCAGCAUAAAGUUAUAACGACCACCUGUGAUUAAUGUGAGUUCUCUAUCGCUGCGUAAAAACGUGUUUUGUAAAGACUGAAAUCACUUCUGAGACUGGACGCUGCAGUUUUUGAGGGAGAAUCUAGAAUGUCAGCUAUAUGGUAAAAAUGGCCUGAGUUUGAGAUUAUGUGACGAGGCAUCACGUUUUUCGGGUAAUCUAUUCCAGUUUGGGGCUAAAUUUACUAAAUCUAACAUCUAAUUUGGAAACUUUACAUUGUUUAUCACACGAAACAAACCUGCGACACUUAUCAAUACAAUUUUGAACAGAACAAAAUUCAAUAUUUGCAAAACGUUUUUGAUCACGUGUUGAUUUUGUUGCUUAAAUGAAACUUAUUGGGAGAUUUUAUUUUCUAGAAAACUUCAGUCUGGUGCUGUAUUGCUGGUUAUAGAGGCCUGUUUUCCUCCCAUUAUUUAGUGUCUUUAUCUUAAUUGUUUUAAAAGUUGUUUUUUCUGUUUUACAUCUCGCAUUAUGGGAGAGCAAUUAAAAUGUUAGAGUAAAAGAUGUGAAGUUUAUUAUAAACUAGUGCAACAGAAAUGAAAUUAACUAAUCCCACAGCAAAAUUAAGUUUGUUUAACACAUUGAGCUUAUAAACGGGUGUUAGAUGGACAUUUUACAGAUGAAUGAAACAUGAAAAUUAAUUUAAAAAAUUUAAACAAAUAAAGUUUUACUAUUGGAUAAGUCAUAAAUAUUGAGCACCAUGGACAGUUCCACCUCAACUCACAUGUUCAGCAUCCUGGACAGAUCUAGAAUGUGGUUUUUCACCUCAAAAAGAGGGACCCUGAUGAUAAUGAUAGCAGGAGGAUAAUCUUUAAUAAACUAUGAAGGCUCUGCUCUAAAAAAAAAUCUGUGGUUUUAAAUUGUCCAUCAAAUGAAACAAAAAUGGCAUUUAAAAUAAUUUUAAACACAUUUGAUAAAAUCUGUUUUCAUUUAUGUUGAACUCAAGCAUGUGUGACACAUUGAAAGGCUCUGGUAUAUUUUUUUCAUUUUUUUUAAACUUGUAUUUUUUGUUCCCAUCUAAAACGUGGACAUAUUACAUUACAUACAUUACAUUUUAAGUGUCAAGGCCUAUUUUCACUUGUAUGUACAACCCUGUCUCCCUGAGAUUACGAAUGCAUGCUACUAAUUUGCAACCACAAAUAAGUUCUUAGCAAAAAUUUGUCACCAGAAUUAGUUUUUCAGUCAGUAUAACGAGGAACAUUAACAUCUGAGGUGUAAGACUUUGAUGUUAAAUAAUAACUAUGUUUCUUGCGCUAAUCUUAUUUGAAAACAACCACUUUAAGAACAAUGUUUGUAGAACACAGGGUUGAAACAGCUUAGCAAAAAAAAAAAAAAAGAAAGAAAUUCUAACUAACGUAUGCAACGUAUUAUUGUGAAAGCCAUGAAAGAGGUUUUGCUCUGUAAUAAUUUUAACCAUCAUGUGAGACAAUCAAAAUUGAGAUUAUGGCAACAUAAAGUCUUGAAUUUAGAAGGUUUUUGUUUUCUCUUUCUGCAGAAAUGUAACUCGGAUUUUACUGAUUUAAAAAAAAAACUAUUGAGUUACGCUAAACCCUAAAACAUCUAUUGAAUUAUGUAGUUCAAAUCCUAGCAAGAACAUUAAUUGUAAUAUUGUCUGUAAAUUUUGCAGGAAUAAAUACUGACAACAAACUUGACAGUGACCUUGACCCCGGCUGCUGGAAGGUUGUGAAAUAGAUAUUUUCUCUUAGACUCACUUGUUUAAAUCUUUACAUGAAACAGGUUUUCAAAUUGCUGAUGAAACCAUAAUUUUAAAUUCAAUAACAAUAAUAAUAACAUUAAUAAAUAAAUGACAAUUAUUGUUCUUCUACAUUUGGUAAGACUGGUGCAGUAAUUUGGAUGACUUUAUAAUAAGUGUAAUAAGUGUUAAAAGUUUUGAAAUAUGGUUGCUUCAUCUUCCUCCUAUAACUGUCCCACCUGUUUCUAACAGCUUGCAGGCCUCUUGUUAUAACUUGACAAUACUACAUAAAAUUUGCUGCUACUGAACCGCUUGUCCUUGUAUCUGGAACUGAACAAGUACAUUCUCUGCUGUGUGAUGUUAAAGUAGAGGAUUUGUAUCCACCUGGUACAUCUUUUAUUGCACCAGAACAUGAAACAAAUCGGUUUAAGAGCGGAGUUGUUGUGACGAAGCCGCACUCCUGCCAGAUAUAACGCCCUAGUUACACAUAUGAUGCCGGAUCUAAGACUGAAAAAUGGGAUGAAUUUUGUGUUUUCAUGUUCUGGUCAUCAAACAUCUUUUAUAUCUUGUGUAAAGAACUGUAAAAUGCAUCUAUGUAAACAAUUAAACCUUUCUUACUCUGGUUUUCAAGCAUUAAAUAUGCAAAACUACAAUAAAGUUGCGCUUUAUGCUGUUAUAUUUAUGUGGACAUGGACGCAGCAGAGAGAGCAUCCAGGUGGCUUGGGCUGAAAAGGGCGAGCAGUGGGGAAGCAGAAUGCCACUUGGACACAGGCUGAGGAUUCAUCAACCUCAGCUGGGUCGACUGGACGAGGGUGUGUGUUGUAAGACCCAAAACACCCAAUGCCUCCAGGAAACAACACUGAUGAUGUGUCCAAGUGUGUGUGCAUCAAGAGAUGCUUUCAAUACAUGUUACACUGCUACCAUACUGACCUCUCCAUACAGUUUGUAAAGUUGUUUUUCUGUACCAGAAAGCUGUUGGCAGCUGCUGAUUAUUACCUCUCCUUGCCCUGUCAGGCUAUUCCAGCCAUGACAUCUAAAUAACAGCAACAAAUAAUAUAUGUCCAUAUCCAUAAUUGGGUUAUUUAUGUGUUUGCUUGCUUGUAUAUGUAUUUUGUUUCUUUUCUGUAGCCUAAUAGAUAUAUAGUAUAUGUGGAUAAUGAGACUAGUGAUGUAUUUCUGUAGAUUUUUGUUUGGAUUUUUAUAUUAAAAUGACUUGGAGAAAGA